AUGGAGCACCACAGCGGCGCCAUCGACAAGACCGGCACGAGCAUCCAGCCGGGCAAGCUCUUCAUCGGCGGCGUGUCGUGGGAGACCACGGAGGACACGCUGCGCCAGCACUUUGGCAAGUACGGCGCGCUCACGGACGCCGCGCUCAUGAAGGACAAGUACACGGGCCAGCCGCGCGGCUUCGGCUUCGUCACGUUCGCGGACGCGACAGCGAUCGACCGCGUGCUGGACGAGACGCACACGCUGGACGGACGCUCGGUGGAGGUGAAGCGCGCGAUUCCGAGGGAGAAGACGGCGCCCGGCGGCGGCUCGAGGUUAAAGAAAAUCUUCGUGGGCGGCCUCGCCCCCACGGUGACGGAGCAGGACUUCCGCCACUACUUUGAAGAGUUCGGCAAGAUCACGGACGCUGUCGUGAUGAUCGACCGCGACACCCAGCGCUCGCGCGGAUUCGGCUUCAUCACGUUCGAGGAAGAG